AUGCUACAAAAUGAAGCGGUGGAUACGAUGUUCUCGGAGAAGAAAUCCAUCGUCGAAUCACUUGAUUCUAAACCUGAUAUCUCCGAAGGAACAUCGUUGUCGGCUGCACAAGUAAGCCUGCCAUCUGAAAAGAUAGCGUCUGGCGAUUCCAUAGCAGACAAAGCGACUGAAGCCGAACAUUUACGCAAGAUCGAUAAACUCAGUCACCAGGAAAUUGAAACGGACGCUGCUAUCAGCGAAGAGCACCUGCAAAGUGAUAAAGUGCCGGAAACAGAAGACGCCAAAGGAAGCGAUGAACAUAAAAUUUCUUCUAUUGUUUCACAAGACAGAGACCGAGAUAGCCGCGAGGCAUUACAAGGAGCAGCCCUAAAAAGCGGAGAUAAAGCCGACUCUUUAAAAGCGCAUGAAGAAUCAGUGCUGCGUGCUGAAAGCGAGAUUAUAUCGGAACAAUCAGAUGAUCAACUCAAAAUACACGCGUCACCUGCACAUCGUGACCAAGAAGACCACGCAGGCAAGGAGCUGCCAGCAGACACAAGUUGUGUACCGCCAGCCGAUGGCAGCUUGGACAAGAGUGUCUCACCUAAGCCUUCUUCUACAGGUGAAGUGAAAAUGGACGUGACCAAGCAGGAAUUCUACCUCUCUCUCGACGCUGCUCCCGGUGCCGUCACGAGUUUGUACAGUAAAGCGAAAGAACUGUUGGAAGAGUGUGUGACUGCCACUGAUUCCACUAGCCCUGGAGGCGCGUUAUCAACGGGCAGCCCGAAGAGCUCCGUCAGUGAAGACUCGUUUCGCAGUGUCGUACAAAAAGAUGACUCAAGAGACAUCCUUGCUAAGGAGGAGCAGUGCGACGACAAAACUUGCGAUGAAAGCGUUCUUCCAGCUAGUGGUGUUACGACGGGAUAUGACUUUAGAUCGCCUACAGAGGUUCUUAAAAGGGACUUUCUCGAAGAAACGUCGAAUACACUUGCUAAAGCGUUGGACGAAACCAUGAUGUUGCCGUCACCAUCACAAGACGAGGAAGGAAGACAGCUUUUGGAAGUCAUAAAAAGUCAGUUAGUGCUUGACGAGUCUGUAGAUUGUCAUGUUACCCCAAAAGAACACGACUUGCCAACGGCAAAAGAUAUACCACCAGCUGAUUCCUCAAAAUACGUGCCCAGCGGUACACACGCAGAAAGUGGUGACAAAGGCUUGGACAAGUCACCGGACUCAACAAAGAAACGUGAUGAAGCGCUUUCAACCAUUCUAGACCAAAUUACCAAGGACGAUUGGGAUGAAGUGACUCACUCUGAACCUGACAAAAUACAGGUUUCAGAAGAUGCGGUCGAGCUGCAAUCCAGGCUGUCCGAAGACAGCACGACAGCGUUUCAACCCCACGACGAUGCGCCUCUCGGCUCCGAGGACCAACGCGAACCCUCAGGCUCUGGGCAUUUGCUCGUAAAAGGUGCUCCUGAAGAAGAAAAGAGUGUUCCUGUCCCCAGUGAGCUGUCCACUGCACUACACAAGCCAGAGAGUCCAUCAGCACACAUGGAAGUUUCGGAAGAGAUAAGGCCAGAAACAUCGCUGCUUCAAGAAAGUGGAUCAAUCACACGCAAGGACUCGAAAACACAGGAAGAUGGCAGCGUCGUGCCUGAAUCACAUAUUUCACAGUCCUCCCCUGCUGACGACAGCCUGAAAAACCUUUCUGAGGAGAGGGUACCUCAUUUACCGUCGGACUUGGAUACAAGUUCCGCAACGGACCCAAGUUCUUCGCCUGUCCCGCUGAACGAAAGUGCAAGUCACAUAGACGUGCCAACUAUCAGUGACAGAGAAGAACCUGGAAGUCCAUCUGACCUCAAGAUUACGCCAGACAAAGGCGUUGUCUGCGAUUCACGUCUUUCUUCUGGAUCAGAAGGAACAAAAGCACGUGACGAAGCACCACACGCUGAAGCUGAUGAAAAAGAAACAGCUUCUAGAGGUUCACCGUCACUGAUUCAUCAAGAGCAAGAAUCCUAUGUGCCGGAAGCACCAUGGGUACACCAUCGCAAUUUUCAGGAUACUCGAUCAUCGGAAAUUUCAGAUCAACCGAUGAAGGAUCCGAGAGCGACGUGCCCGACGUCUCUUGAUGCGCCAGAGCUGGCUCACAUGCAGCAGAGAGUGUCUGUUGAUUAUGACAGCUCAAUCACUUCCGUUUCCGAUAUUGAGUUCGCGGUCGAUGCCAAAGCCUUUAGAGCGGUAGCGCCUGACGAGUCUUCCCACGACGAUUCUAAGACAGCAGAAUGCCCCAAAGGCGAAAAAGACGCGUCUCGUCCCUCCAGUCCAGAAAGCCCGCCCCAGUCCCCAGUCAAAAGGAUUGCCGCCGAGCAUCCCCGUGCAUCUAAAAGAGCUCGCACCACGUCAGAGUCCAAGCACCCUAUAUCUACGCAGGGCUCCUCAGAAGCCGAUAUAUCCAGCGAAGACGACGACAGUACGCGCAAGGCCACUGCUCAUUCUUACACGGAUACCCCAAUGGAUGGUGUAGAGUCGCCGAAAUACAGCCCACAGUCAGAUUUCAGCUCACUGCCAGGGGGUAUUCAUCCUGUAAAAGAUCAACACCUUGUGGAUUCCACUAAAGAAAGCGCUGAACACCAUGUAGCACCGCAAGGUGCAGAUUACCACGACUCUCGGCAUUCUCCAUCUGAAGAUCAGCCUGGCAGUCUUCCUUAUUCUUCUGAAAAGACUGAAGGCUCACCUAUCACACAUAAGCGAGCACCGUCAGAAGAACGCUAUUUCCCUGCUGGUGAUUCACCUUCACGGCAUGUGCCAGACUCAUCGUCCAUCAGCAGUCAGCAUGAUAUUGUGCAGGCAUCUUUAUCACCACUUGAACCAGGGAAAACAGAAAUAUCAGGUGACAGAGACUCGCGCCGUGAUGAGAAAAGCGGCAGCCAAUUGAAGAGGCCUUCAAUCGAGAGUGAAACGACUUCAUCUAGUGAUGACGCAGGAUCUGGUCGUAGGUCCCUUACUUCCUCCAAAGACAGUGACUUAAUGCGUGAAUACAGUAAACACCUCGAAACUUCACCUAGUGCUAGGUUUAGUGUCGACUCCACGUGCAGUGUGACAUCGGAAGAAAGAAGUUACACAGAACUCGAGAAGCCUUACCAAAAAGAAGAUAGCCGAGAGAGCUUUUCCAGCACAGCAAGAGAGUACCCUGACGAUUCUUCUAGGUCUGGAAGUUUGUACAGUGACUCUACAGUCGAGCCUUCCAGCACCGUUGAUCACCGCGAAUCUAUAUCACCACACGUUAGUUUAGAUCAAGUUGAAUUGGGCUCCAGCGGCAACGACUUACUUCCUGUAAAGCCAGAGAGACCCACAGAAAUCGGAAAGAUGGAACAAGGGCCUCAGACUUAUGCUGCCAUUUCCCCCGGCAAGGAGAGCGCUGUACAAGCCCCGCUUGGCGACGAAAAGGUAACAAAAACGCCAGAGGGUCACAUCUCGCCUGCAGCGAAAAUUCUUAUGACCGAAGACCGACAAUCGGUCACUGACGUAGCUCACGGGCACGGCAUAGCUUCAGGCCUCUUUGCCGCCUUGAAAACAGAGCUCUGCGUUAUAGAUUCCCCUGCUAUGGAAAAUGUUUUAGGCCAGACGGCCAAGGAUGUUCACGGUACUACUGAUCAGGCCAGUUUCGACACCUCAAGGAAGUCUUCCGAAGAACAUCGUGAGCUUGACUGGAAGGAAAUGAAGAUUCCUGAAACCGAACGGGAAACACCUAAAGAACAAGCACAUUCGAGCGAUGGAAACGUGGGAGCUGCACAUAAGGAAUCAAAAGAAACUCAUUCUGUGUCGGAAGACGGCAAAGGGCCUCCCGGGCGCAAGGUCUCUGGAGAGGUUACACCUGUCAAGACGCUGAGGUUUCAGCUAGGAGACGACUCUUCAAUAGAACCGCUAGCCGACCAGACAGAUGCCUCGGCACUCUGCUCGUCGUCAGAUGCCGAUCACGGUAUAUCUAAAGAAGUGUUUGAAAGAAAAGUUCGUUUAGAGAAAUUUCUUGAAGCUGAAUUUCUCGAAGCUAUGGCAACAGACGAAGAGGACGAGUCAUCGCGCUCGUCUGUGAAGCAAUCCACCACUUCGACCACUAGUUCCUCGCAUCACAAAGAUAGUCAUAAGGUUACCGAAUCAGAAGACAACAAUACUAAAGACGAUGUCACUCUGGCAUCCGCGCUCUCCUCGGGACUUCCAACGGAGCUUGUGUGUAUAGCACAGUCGUCUGUCGAUUUACGAAAGGACAUCACUCAUAUCACCAAAUGUGCCGACUCACAAGAAGGGGUAUCACCUCCUCAGGCUUCUCCGGUGGACGCAGUAAAGCAAGAUGAACCAGCAGCCGUAGCCGCCGGGCUCGCGUCGGGCCUUUCCGUCGAGUUGGUGUGUAUGGUUGAAUCUGAAGAACUAUGCUCCGAGAUAAAGCGGGCAGAAGAGGAAGCUAUUCAUCACGUUAUAGAGAAGAAGGCUGAUUAUGCAGUGGAUGAUGACGGUGUCGCGAUGCAAGCCUACAUAGAGCGGCGACUCAGUGACAGUGACCACUUCACAGACAAGAAACAACGCUCCAGCCCUCCGUCCGAAACAGCUUCAGCUUCGCUAGAAGGUAUACCAACUCCUGAACGAAAGACUAGUAAAAGUUUUGACGAGCUUCACUUGAAUGGCACGUCUCACUCGCCACCUAGCGUCGGUCUCGUUGCCGGCCUUGCGGCUGGACUUGCGACGGAGCUAGUAUGCAUGCCGCAGUCGGCCGAAGAGCUUUGCAUUGAUGCUUCAGAAUCAAGGUGGCCGCCGGCACAAGGUUCCCGCGUCGAAAUCAUGCCACCAGAGAUGACAGCUUCUAUUUAUGAAGAGCGACCUGAGCAUAUAGGGGAGAAACCAUGCACGGACACCGACGUUGAGAGCUUAGGACGAGGUACGCCCGAAUCACCUGUACUACACCGCACAGGCCAGAUACCUGUUCAGCGCGAAGUAAUCACGACCGUCACCUCUCGGCGAGUUGUUUAUCAAAAUGAUGGUCCCCCGGAUACCUGGCCAACAUCGACCUUUUCUGAACCACCUCAACACGACACGGACGACGACUCUAGACGUACAACUGUUACUUACGUCUAUAGGACCUACACGUCUGCAGAAGAUAAUGAGAAAGAUGAUCCAGUGAUUUCUUCUGGUACCGUGCCUUCUCGUCAAGGCGAAGAUGGUCUUCCAUUUGAGAUUCUGCGUUCUACUGCACAAAGGCAUGCUCGUGAGGAAGAUGGACAUGACGAAGGUGAUCACGUCACUGGAACAUCGUCCAGGAGCUACGUCUACACCGUUUCGUCUGAUCAUGGCGCUCCUGAAACGUUUAUUCAUCAUACUGAUGACACAGGAACAUUGCAUCAUCCUGAUUCAUCUAUUCACAGUAUCGCCAUGGACGAAGUAGCUCGCAUAACUGAAAUGGCCGCCGCUGCGGUGUCACAGUCUCCAAAUGGCUGGACGGUCGUCCAUCGGUCGGCUGACUCAUCCUCCCAACGUCCGCUCGAGUUGACCCGUCCUUCAGAGCUGGCGGAGAGAAGGAACGGACAUGUCACGCACGUGACGGAGACUCGGCAGAUUGUGUACCACCCGAGCAGCAGCGCCGAAAUGCGCUUACCGAUGGCGUCGUCGGCCGAGGAAACAUGUCUUCCCCCGGAAGGUAGCGACCCGAAGACAAUCUUGGAGUUCAUGGCAGCUCAGACGAAGCAGGCGGCUAAGGAGAUGCUAGAGGAGCAGCCGCUGUACGAGGAAGACGAAGAGGCCGCCCAGGAGCAGAGUUCGCUGAGCGACGCCAGCCCCUUGGUGGAGGAGCCCGUGUUUGGCAAGACCCUGCAACCGGACUACCCUGAACUCGUCGAAUUGUCGGCCGGAAACACGCCGUCAGAACCGCCGAGUCCGCACUCCGCUGUGAAUGACACUCGGGCCAGGCACAACGGGGAGCCCUCCGGCACCACUGCUUCCGUCCAGCGCUUGGUGGUCGUCGAGGAGACGUUGCCCGCGUCCACAAUGUCGGGCGGGAGCGAGGCGCGUCGGGUCGUCAGCUACGUCGAAGAGCCCACUACUGUCGUGCGGGAAGAGUGGGUGCUGGAAGGCGGCCGCGGCGAGGCGUCGCACGUCAUCUCGCAGUCGUCCAUGUUCCAGCACGAAGUACUCACCCGGGAAGAGUUGACGUCUGCUGGCACCACGUCGUCGCCGACCUCUACUGUCGACGAUGCCGUCCGCUUCACGACGCACCAUCACCUGGAACGCGGCCUCGGGGUGGCUGGCGACGUUGACCAGCCAAGCUCUCUGAAGGCAUCCAUGGUAGCGGCAUAUCACGAGCAGCAUCGGAUCGACGCACAGAGUGCAAGUCGAACUGAAGCACCCCACGAUACCGUCAGAGAGCUACAGGCGCCCUUCCACCGAGCGGCAAGCAAACGGCCGGCGCGACGGUGACACUGCCGCGCCGUUCGACAUUCGGGACUGGGGCAAACCGCUUGGCCUUCCCGUUCCGCCCGAUCCUUCGUCCAAGUCAUCCAAGACCAAGAAGCGGGAGCAGCAGCGACACCUCGCGACGCCGCCGAUGUCGUGUACGUCGACCUGACCUAUGUUCCCCAUCACGGCGACCCGGGCUAUUGCGACGUGGAGUUCUUCAGCCGCGUGCGAGCUCGCUAUUACGUGCUCAGCGGUACCAAUCCUAGCCAGCAGGUUCUCGACGCCCUGCUAGAGGCGAAGCGCGGCUGGGGAGAGCCGGACGCCCCGGUCACCGUCAUUCCAACCUACGAGACCGAUGCGCUCUGCUACUGGAUUGCACACAAUCAG